AUGGAUACACAUUUUUCAUCAUCCGCCUUGGCUUUCUCCGCCACACCGGCUUCAGGAAGUGCUCACGGUUCAUAUUCCUUUGCAGGUGGUGAGCGUGCAGUACUGGAGUUGAGGAGUGGUAAGUCUUCUGCUCUGGUUUGGUUUUGUUUCCUCGCCGACUUCGACUCGGGGUUCUCUCGGGUGUACGGAUUCGCCGUCCGGCUCGCUGCAGCUGUUGCGCCAAGCAGCAGCAGGAGGGCGCUGCGCGUUUCGAUGGAUUUGUCGUUAUACCCGAAGGUGCAACUUUUCCCGAUCCUUCAGAAUCUUCAGGGAGUGCAGGUUGUCCCUGCUGCCGCAGCACCUGCCGUUGCAGCAGCAGCAGCGAAGGCAGCAGCAGCAGCAGCAGCAGCAGGCACAGCCCCCCAUCCCUUCCUUGCCAUCGGCAAUCCGGCAGAUGCACCACCUCUGCUCAACAGCGGCGCACUGUUGCUCGUACACCCCAACGACAUAACCGAACCUCCCUCGGAAACAGCAGCAGCAGCUGUUGCUGCUGCUGGAACGGCUGCUAAACACCAAGCAGUCGCUGUAGACACCCAUUCGGUAGAGAGACCAGCGAAGAAGCCGAAGAAAACCUCGUCUGACACUGCGUCCACUGCAGCAGCAACGGCAGAAAACGCAGCAGAAUUGGAAGGCCACACAGACGCAGCAAAGAGUGCUUCAGCAGAAGCACCAGCAGCAACGGCGACCGGGGAUGUUGUUGGGCAGAAGGAAAAGGCGGAGAAAUCGGGCAAUGAUGUUCCUGCAGCAGCAACAGGAGCUGCUGCUGCACCGACAGCACCAACAUCAGGAGCAGCAACAAAGAAGGUAGAUUUGACGCUGGAGGAGGAGCUGCAGAAGGAAAGGCUAAGAAAAAGAACAGCAGGCAUCGUUAGCUUCAAAUGGGACACACGAGGAGAACGGUUGCUUCUCUCAAAUGCAAGGGGUAUUUGGGCCAGUGAGGCGCCUGGGGCACUGCGGCCUUUGCUGGAGCAAACCCCAGUAGCAGAAACACCUGGCGCUGCUGGUCCUGCUGCUGCUACAUCCGAAUUGGCUGGACACCUGAACAUCGCUGCUCAGGUGCUGGCCCUCCGAAACCUGGUUAUGCCGCAGCCUUCUGUAGCUGCAGACACUCCUCCUGCAGCCAGUAGCGGGAGUGACCCCACAGCAGCAGCUGCCGCUGUGGCAACAAGCGAGGUGCCUAUACACCCCAGUGGCAGGCUAGGAGUGGUUCCUGGUGCGAUUUGUUUGCUGGAGAGGAAUUCUAGUGAAGCCCCCAUAUUAGACUGUACGUACAGUCCAUGCAGCAGCUACGUCGCCUUUGUUCAAGGGCGUGACAUACACUUGUUGCUGCUCAAGCACGCAGCUGCUGUCGCUGAUGCUGCUGCUUCGCAACCAUCUGCAGCAGCAGCUUCAGGCGGAGAAGCCGCGAAGAAAUCUCCUCAGAAAAGAGGUACGCUAAGUACCAACGGCUCCCAGCCUGCCGUUAGCAGCAGGAGCCGCAGCAGCAGCAUCAGCAGGGAGGGAGGCAUUCGGUGUCGCCUGACAUCCUCUCCACCUGACUUCACUAGCGGUUUAGCAGAAUACGUCGCGCAGGAGGAAAUGAGCCGCAUGGAAGGCUACUGGUGGUCGCCCGACAGUCGCUUCGUCGCUUUCGUGGAGUUUACGGAGGCCCAUGUGCCGGCCGUGAGGCUGCAGCGGGUCCUGGACCCGCCACAGAAGCCGCCUUCACAGCAGCAGGAGAAGCAGCAGCGGCAGCAGGUGGAGCGGCACUUGCUGCAGCAGGAAGCAGACCUCAACGCUCUCCUUGCCGACGACCUAGAGGGCAGCACUACUGCAGAGGACCUCUCGGAGUAUCUACAGCAGGAGCACCAGCAAGAGCAGCAGGAUGAGCACGAGAAACAAGAAAAGCAAGUGCAGCAACAAGAGCAACAGCAGAAGAAGCGGCAAUUGCCCUCUCCCUCCAACGGCGUAGGGGGCAAGUGCACCAGGCCGUUCACAGGGGCCGCCAGCAGCAGCGGCAAGAGUUUCCUCGUCACAGAGGAGCACAGAUUUCCGUUCUCUGGCCAGCAGAACGUCAAGGCCCGUAUUGGCAUCGCUCAGGUGCCUAGUGUGGCUUCUCUUUUGGCAACAGCAGACUCCACAGCAGCAAGCGGCUCGGCCGCCGCAGCGGGAGCAGACGGCGUCCUUGAAGUUCCUUGCUGCACCCGCUGUCGCAACCGUUGCAGCUGCAGCAGCAACACCGACGGCAGCAACAGCAGCAGCAACAACAGCAACAGCAGCAGCGGCAACAAGGUGUGUAGCGGGGUGCGAUUUGUAAGGCUGCCAGUCUCGGACUGGGGUGAUGAUUUUUAUAUUGCGCGGGUGCAGUGGAUUAAACUGAGAAGUUGGCAGCAGCUGGAGAGCCUGAAGCUCCUCUCUCAUGACGAAGUUCUGCUGCUGCUGCAGCAAAAGCAGCAGCAGAAAGAGCAUCAGCAGAAGCAGCAACAGAAACAGCAACAGCAGAAGCAGCGAGAGCGGCAGGAACAGAAGCAACAGCAGCAGGGAAAGCAGCAGAAGCAAACCGGACCCCCUCCAGUUUUGCUGCUGCAGCUGCAAGAUCGGCUCCAGCAGGAGCUGCGCAUUUGUGUGGCCUUACCCUUUGCGGUUCCUACCGCAAAACCCACCAACAGCAGCAACAAUAACAUCAGCAGAAACAAGACCAGCAGCAGCAGCACUAGAAGCAAGCAGCAGAAUCCAGAGGAAGAGAAGCAGCAGCAGGAAGAGGAGCUGCGCUGCGUCUGCUGCUACAAAGAGAAAAGACGUAGUUGGAUUUCUCUUCAUGAUGAUUUGCACCAGCUCGCAGAUAGCCUCUUCUGCACCUGGGCCACAGACAAAUACCAGUACAACCAGCUAUACUUACAGCACAUGGCUAGGCCGGAUAUUUCCUUCCAGUUGCUGCCGGAGGGCAAUGGUCUGCGGCUGUGCUCUUUGCUUGCCCCCCCACAAAACUACUCCUCCUUCUUCUCUGCUGCACGGAAAGCAGCAGCAACUGCUGCUGCUUCUGGUGCUUCUCGGCCAGCAGCAGCAGACGCUAGUCCUACUGCAGCAGCAGACGAGGAAGCAGAUGGGGAUGAAGACGAUUUCUAUUUCUUCAUGCGGGUGAUACCGCAGAUCCCAGAGGAGGUGCAAAACAGUAACAGCAACGGCACGAAAGCCAGCGGCAACAACUGCAACAAGAGCAGCCUGUUGGGGAGAGCCCUUUCUCCAGUGUCUAGUCACAUCAUCUGCGCGCGUUUGUCCCGCCGUGUUCUGAACGACAUUGAAACAAACCUGCUUGCAGCAGGAGCAGCAGCAGCAGAUCAGCCGAACAAGGCGAGCAUUUCAUAA